GUUCCCGCACACACUGCAAUAAAUUAGAUGUUACAUGUUAUAUUUCUCUGUAAAAUUAUUCACUAUUUUAAAUUAAAAGCCGGCAGUAUUAAUUUGACGAUGUCGACGGUCAUAUUACAAUAUUAUGUUCAACAAGCCUUAUAACGUCUCGCCGAAAUUCAAUGACAUCGAACGCUGUCAAAUAUCUGCGACAUAAUAAGAACGGUCGACGAACAUAGACUUCGAAAACCAAGUUACGGACAUCGGACAUUGCGAAGUGUUCACAAAAGUGAGAAAUUCAAUCUGUAUAGUCGAAUCAAAGUUACUUUUCUCGAACGUAGUGUACACGCAAUGUGUUGGACUGAAACUGUUCGUUGACUAAAUUGAACGUUAUUGCUUAUUAUAACUAUUACAAAAAUGAAUUUUGGAUAUUUUGUUUUUUGUGCUCUUAUUGCUCUAUUGGUCCCAUUCUCUACCGUACCGUUCAAUGAAGACUUCGAUGUAGCCAACGAUGGCCAAGGACGUAUUUACGGAUUUGCCAUAUGUAAGGGUAGAGGUGGAGGAGGGCGUGGAGGAGGGCAUGGAGGGGGGUAUGGAGGAGGGAGUUCGGGUGGACGUUAUGGGGGAAGUGGUUCAGGAAGAAGUUCAGGAGGUAGUGCAGGAAGUUUUCUUUGGGGAAGUCCAUCGGACCAUUCAGAAAAAGGGAAGGACCGUACUUCAAAAAAAAAGAAGCACAACUGGUGGUCUAAAAAGGGUUUUCGACAUCCGUUUGGAAAAAAGAAAAAAGAUAAAAAAAAUUAGGUGGCUCCCACAAUCCAAGUAAAUCUACAGGAUAAAUCUGCUGGAUCCGCUACAUGCUGUGGCAUCUUCGACCCGCUCACGUGGUAACCAAACUUCAUGUGGCCAAAAAGGUGUUAAAAAAUAGGUUUAUGCAUCUUAAGAAAUUAAAAUUAUUUUUAUACAUGAAUAGGGUUUUUCGUACAGUUUGUUUACCUAUUGUUUCCCUUGUAGUAAUAAUAAGUCCUAUAAGAAAUGUCUCGCGCACGGUGUUGCGGUCGACACUGCCACUACAAUAGUAACUAUUUGUGUACCAAAUAAUGAUUGUCUUAUUUUGUAUUAUAUUUAAUAAAUUGUUCAUUUUUUUUUUUUUUUUUUUUUUUUAAUCUCAAUUUACUGUUGUACUUCAAGUUAUAAUAUGUGGACAAUUCCAGCCUAAAUAACAUUCAAUAACAAAUUUUUAAAACCUUAUUAUCGCAUAAACACGC